AUGAGCUCAGCUAGCGUCCUUGAGGACUACCUAGUAGAUGGGAAUGAAAUGGAGUCCGUCAUUUCACGUGAGCAGCUUAGGACUUUCUUGCCAGCUGAAGUGGACGACGACAUGUUGGAUGCCUUGUAUCUGGAGUUGGUAGACACCAGACAAGGAGUGUUAAGGCAGAUAUCUGAGAACAUUAGACAAAACUUUGAUGCUUCAAAAGCAUCCAAUUCUCUUAGUACCUCGGCUAUUGCUAGAGAAACAGUCGCUACCGUGGUCUCCAAUCUAGAGAGAGCAAAGAAUGUAGUUGAGGCUCAAGUCUCUUAUAUCCAAGAUGGAAUCGAUAGUGAAUUGUCCAUGCUUCGUCAAUUGGCAAGCGACAUUGGUGAUAAUUCUGUUGAUUUGAGUAAGGAUAAAAAGUUCUAUCAAUCUAUAAUCGACUUAGAGCAUUUUCUUGAUGAUACUAAAAAUAAUACAUGA